CCUUGUUCCAGCUCAAGGUCGGUGCCGGAGCUGAUUGGAUUUAAGGAGGAGGAGCUAGCGUUGUCUGCUCCCACAACUUGUACCACAUGACCACAAAGCAUUUUAGGCCAUACGUUAAGGAGUCGUAUGCAAAGGUCCUUGUUGACAGGCAGACAGACACACACACACACACACACACACACACACGCUCCAAGAUGAGCAAAGUGAGGAACAACAGAUGCUAACUUUGCCAGCGCGGGGAACCACGCUCCAUCACCUUCCAGGAGGCUGGUUGCACUCUGAUUUUUCUGGAUUGCUGAGCAACAUGAAUUAUAUUGAAUAUAUAUUGAACUCAUCAUUCAAAUGAAUUACAUUCAUUAUUUGAUAUACGUGUUAAGAAAACAUUUUAUUUAGGAAUUGAAAGAACAUAAUAACAUUAUUUAUUUGUUAUUGCUGUAUUUAUUAUUGUUUUAUUUAAUCUCCUUGUAAUAUUACUAUUUUGUUGUUGUAAUUUUAUGACUUAAAACUUUGGACUUGAUUUUCAAAUAUAUAUAUUGCUUUGUAAUAUUACAACCUUGUUCCCAUAAAAUGAUAAUAUUAUGUUAUUAUAAUUAAGAAUAUAUUCUCAGAAAAAUUGAGGAAAAAAAGAAAAAUGCAAUUUUUCCUCUGCAAAUUCCCGACUAUUUUAAUAAAAUGACACCCCUUUUUUGCUGAAAUAUUGCAGCUGUUUUUGUGUAAUAUGCCAGCUUUAUUCUAAGCAUAUCAUGACUUCAUUCUUGUAAAAUUACAACUUGAUUUCCAAAACACUCAGACUUGUUCUCAUAAUUAGGACUUAGGCAUCAAAUGUGUACGUUUUAUUUUUUUUAUUUAUUAUUUUUAUUAGUUCAUUAUUUAAAUUAACUUCUGUUUUAGCAUUUAUUUGAACAUGAACACCAAAUGUAUUCGUAUUUUAUUCCCUUUAUGAAAUUGUAAUCUUAUUUUAGCCAUAUUUUCAACAUUUUCAAUUUCUUCCUUUUCAUGAACACGCCACAAACUCCUUCCUUUCUUCCACACAGGAAGUGAAGCGAAGCGACGCGUGACAUUCACACAGAAACAAACAGACAAUUAGACGCUUCGUGACGUGUACACGACCUGCAGGUCAGCAACAAUGGCUUUCGAUGUCUCAACCGAGUCUCGGUUGUUAAACCUGUCACUCCUUUGCCGACAUUGCCGGAUCUGUUCUCACGCAGCCAGAAAAGUGGCGGCGACUCGCUAAAAAGCCGAGGAAGAAGACGUAAGAUUUAAGACGUUGGGGCGUUUAGUGCAUGAAGUGUCUAGUGUGUGUUCCAGCAAGCAAACUGCGGAGUGCUGAGGAGCUGCAGACUUUCACACAGUAGUAAAUCUAGCAAGGCUGCACCCGAGUGCAGAGGACAUUGUGACCAGUCAAUGUCAAGAUCUCUGGCUGUGCUUCAGGAGCGUCAACACCAUGUCCGCCAUGCUAGACUCCAUGCAGCUAUCAGACGGCACGCAUGAAUCCUGUAUGAAAUGGAGAGGCUGGUCCAAGGUGGCGUGCUGAUGAUGCCAAACAAACAAAGCCAAAGAGCCGAGCAAGGGGGGGGGUCCAUCAAAGUAGUUUAAGUGUAAGAAGGUUUAGUGUGUAAUUGUGUGUGCGUCCCAGGGGAGGUUGCUGUCUAAAGCAAAGCGGUCUAAGUGUCAGUGGACGUCUCACAUUUGAUCUGAUUAAGGCUGCGGUGCUGUGGCGCUGCGCCCUUGGGGCCAUGUCUGCGUGGGGGGCGGGGAAUCGCCAUCUCUCAGUCCAAUUUAGCAGCUCCAAACUACGAAUACAUCUAUGAACACCCCCCUAAUUGAAUUCUUCUAACAGGACACAUUUUCAUCCAUCCAUCCAUCCAUUUUCUAUGCCGCUUUUCCUCAUUAGGGUCGUGGGGACAUUUUCAAGGUUAACAUUCAUUCAUUUUGCUGCCUCAACCAUCAAAAAGUCUUUCUCAUUUGUCUUCAAGAGAAGAUUUCAAGGCUGCAGGCAAAAAUGCAUUUUCUUUCUUUUAUUGCGAAGCGUUCUCUUGUAGCACAACCUAAAAUAAAACUACUACUACAUUUUAUUAUUUGGAAGCUGAAGUCCUUGGAAUGUUACUACUUUAUUCUCAUAAUGCCAUCACUUAAUACUUUUUUUAUAGAUUUUUUUUCUUGUAAUGUAUUACAACCUUGUUCUCGUAAAAUGACAUUGUUAUUAUAAUUAAGAAUGCAGUAUAUGCUCAUAAAAUUAAAAAAGACAUUUUUCCUCAUUUUCUAUGCAGCUGCUUGGGUUAGGGUCGCUGAUAGGCUGGAGCCUAUCCCAGCAGUCCACCCUGGACUGGUGGCCAGCCAAUGGCAGGGCACAUAUAGACAAACAAGCAUUCACACGUUCAUACCUAUGGACAACCACACCUGCAUGUUUUUGGAAUGUGGGAAAAACCACGCACAGAGAUGCCCAACGGAGAUUCGAAUCCAGGUCUUCCCGAUCUCCUGACUGUGACUGUGUGGCCAACAUGCGAACCACUAGACCACCGUGUGGCCCAAAUUCUAACUAUUUGAAUAAAAUUACACACCUUAUUGCUGUAAUGGUUUUUUGCAUAAUAGUUCAGCUUUAUUCUAAGCAUAUUACAACUUAAUUCAAUUAUCUUACGUACCGUAGUGAGUGUGGCUGUGUGUGUGUGUGUGUGUGUGUUUUUCUUCUCCCCUUUGCAGAGUGGUGACACACCUGGAAGGUGCAUCCCAGGUGUGGGUGAUUGACAGUCAGGGGGAGCUGGCACAAAGGAGGCAGACAGGAAGCAGCUCUCCCUCCACACUGCCUCUCAAUCGUGCGCGUGCGUGUGCGUGUGCGUGUGCGUGUGCGUGACCAAGCCAGAAAUGCUCCACGUCAUAUCUGUGCUGUUCGCUGUGGGUUCAGCCAUUUUGUUUCUAAGUGUGAUUGUGUCCUAGUGUGGUGACGUACACUCACCCUGACCAUGACUGCAUUUGGCUUCGCCACCUUUUGGGACGUAACAAAUUACCACUUGAUUUGGACUGCUCUCAUAGUUAGGACUUUAUCCUUAGAAAAGGCAUCGAAUGUUUUAAUUAAUUUGUGUUUGUAUUUGUAUUUUUAUUUUCAUUUAAUUUAGUUUCUAUUAUUUUUUAUUUUCAUUUAUUUUUGAUUUGCAUUAUUUUGCCUGGUGAGUGAUGGACGAUGCGGUGCUGAGCGAGGAGGCGGCUGUAGCCAGGGAGUCGUUAGUGAAUGCAAAUCAGACCACGUAUUUGUUUGCGUGUGCACGCGCGUGCGCUAACAUAGAAUGCCAUCUUGGGGAGGAAAGUGGAAGCGCUGACUGUUGCACCUUUUGCAUUGCUUUGCAUUGCACAGCGUAAACAUGCAGUUGAAAGAAAGCUUCAAUGACGGUGGUGAUUUCCAUGUUGUCUUCCUGUCAGCUGAUAGUGGAGAAGACCACAGACUUUCCCUGUGCCGAGUUCUCUCUGGUGGAGGAUGUAGCGCUCCACUUCACCUGUUUGAUGGACAGGCUCAACGAGCAGCGCCUCUUCCAGCCCGACCUGUGCGACGUCGACAUCGUCCUGGUUCGCCAGCACAGCACCUUCCCGGCCCACAAGGGGGUGCUGGCGGCCUACAGCCCUUUCUUCCACUCGCUGUUCGCCCAAAGCAAGCAGCUGCGCCGCGUGGACCUGUCACUGGACGCGCUGACGUCGCAGGGCCUGCAGCAGGUGCUCAACUUCAUCUACACCUCCAAGCUGCUAGUCAGCAGCCGCACCGUCAGCGACGUGCUCAACGCCGCCACCUUGCUUCAAAUGAGCGACAUCGCCACCUCCUGCAGAGAUCUCAUCAGCAGCCGCUCGCUGAGAAGCGCCGACAUGUCUGACCAGGAGGCUUUGGCUGGCGGCGAGACGACCAUGCCCCCUGGGCAGCUUUACCGGGACAUCAAGCAGGAGUCCGGCCUGGGCAGUGUUUACACCCGGGAGGGCGGAUCCUCCAUUUCUGUCAGUGUGGAGGAGGCGAGCAAGGCUUCGCCACCAAAGCACUACUAUAAGAGUGAGGAGGGGGCAGGGGGCGGGACUAGUGGGGCCAGGGGGGAGGAGUCAAAGAACUUCAACAGAGAGCAGAUCAUAGUUGAAGUCAACCUCAACAACCAGACGCUCAACGUGUCGAAGGGGUCGGAGGGCGGCAAGGAGAGCAUCUUUUGUGGUUGCCGUGGCGACAGGAGAGCCCCAGAGGAUGACCUGAAGGAAGACACGUUGGAGCAGAGCACUGAAGACGAGGAGGAGGAGGAUGAGGAGAACAUGACCGAGCGACCUCACCGGGGGGCCACCAGGGCGUUGGCCGUGGCCGUGACACUCGCCGAGGCCACGCUGGCCAACCGCCGGCAUCUGGGCGGUGCCAGGAGGACGGCGCCGGCCGACGCGGAGGGCGCCGGCCCCAAAGUGAGGCUGGAGGAGAAGCAACACUUCCCCUGUAAGAAAUGCCCCCGCGUCUUCAACAACCGCUGGUACCUGGAGAAGCACAUGAGCGUCACGCACGGCCGCCUGCACGUCUGCAACGACUGCGGCAAGAAGUUCCUGCUGGAGGCCGACAUGAUGCUGCACCAGCAGACCGACUGCGAGAAGAGCAUCCAGUGUGCCACGUGCGGAAAGGCCUUCAAGAAGCUGUGGUCGCUGCACGAGCACAACAAGGUCGUCCACGGCUACGCCGAGAAGAAGUUCUCCUGCGAGAUCUGCGACAAGAAGUUCUACACCAUGGCCCACGUUAGGAAGCACAUGGUUGCACACACGAAGGACAUGCCGUUCACCUGCGAGACGUGCGGGAAGUCGUUCAAGCGCAGCAUGUCCUUAAAGGUCCACUCUUUGCAGCAUUCCGGAGAGAAACCCUUCCAGUGUGAGAACUGCAGCGAGCGCUUCCAGUACAAAUACCAGCUGCGCUCGCACAUGAGCAUCCACAUCGGACACAAGCAGUUCAUGUGCCAGUGGUGCGGAAAGGACUUCAACAUGAAGCAGUACUUUGAUGAACACAUGAAGACGCACACUGGAGAGAAGCCGUACAUCUGCGAGAUCUGCGGGAAGAGCUUCACGAGCCGGCCCAACAUGAAGCGUCACCGGCGCACACACACGGGCGAGAAGCCGUACCCGUGCGAGGUGUGCGGCCAGCGCUUCCGCUUCUCCAACAUGCUGAAGGCGCACAGGGAGAAGUGCUUCCGCCUCAGCCAGCCCGCCGAGGACUCGUGCGGCCAGGUUCUUUCCGCGUCUACCGCCUCCUGCGCCCCCCAUCCGCACCCCCUGCUGCCCUCGCCGGGGGGGCUGCCUCCCUCCACACACCCUCCACCCCCCCUCUUCUCUGCUGCCCCACCCCUUUUUUCUGCUCUCAAUCGGGACCAGCGUCGUCUUCUGCAGCAUCGCUCACAAAUCUCCAUGAAGAAACGUUUUUUUUCCACCCUCCGCGGGCGCUCCCGGUGCGAUCAGGUGAUCAUAACCAAAAGCUGACAUGUCUUUGCGCUUGUACGUGUAGACGCCAUCGCUAAUAACCAAAUCUCAUGGGCUCACGUGCUAAAAAGUUAGCGUUAUAAUACAAGCGGCACCUUAUAUUGAACUCCAUAGUGACAUCAACUAUGUGUACUCCUAAUCGUCUCCAUUUUUUAGAAACGUGUGUGCACUUUUGUGUCGUGUAGUUUUCUUGACAGCGCCUCUGCUGGUUGCCGCCAUGCAGUGCACUCAUUUCAGAGAACAUAACGAAUGGGUUGUUAUGAGGCUAACAAGACAUGUAUGACCCAUACCCCAACUAUUAAGCUUGGAGUGGAGCAUAGAAGGUAGGAGUAGAAACCCAAGAUAGAGGCUACACUAUAUGGUGAAGUCAUAUGGUGAAGUCUUUGCGUUUGUACAGUAGACCACAUGCAGUAUUUGCACUUUGCUUGUCACGCAUCUACUGCAGUAGAUGAACGACAAUCAAAUACUGAUAGCUGAAACCUCUCCAAAUGUAUUACAUCGAAUAUAUGGGAUUCAUGUGCUGUCAUGCUAGCAGCUAGUUAGCUUAGCCUUCUCAUUUUCUUCAUUUGAUCUAAGUGAACACAAAGGAACCGAGAAAGACACACCUGGUAUUAUUAUUAUUAUUAUGAUUAUUAUUAUUAUUAUUAUUGUUGUUGUUAUUAACACGGCUACAUCGCCUGUAUUUAAAUAUUUUGGAACCACUUUCUAAAUAUGGAUAUUUGGGUUGGAGCUAAGAAGCUAGCUAGCAUGGGUCUAUGAUUAGAAUCAGACAAGAGAGUCCAAUUAAACAUGAAGAGAGUCAAACAUUUUAAAGAAAAAAAAAAGCAGGUUGUUUAAGCAAACUAGCAGCUAGCAUGAAAUGUGUUUAUCCAAAGUUUUGUAAUCUGUGCGCUAUUUACACACUUCUCCCGCUAGCCUAGUUGUUGUGUAGGAUUCCAAAUGUAAAUAUUAUAAGUAUCAUAAGUACUUAUUGGGUUGAAUUCAUACACGUGUCCCAUACAACACGUGUCCCAUGGUGUCCUCUUAGCUGGAACGACCAGAAGAUGGACUUUUUUUUAAAUCAAUUUCCAAGACAAAGCAUUUUGGUGAAUCUUUUGCUUCCAUCUUAGAUUUUUAUGGGGGUUUUUUCUUGUGUAUUGUACUUUCCUUUGCUGCUUUUGUACCACAGGGUCCAUUUUAAGACGGCCCUUUAAAUCAAAGUCUAGUCAAAGCUAACAAAAUGAUUGAAAUUUAGCCUUACUAGACAUUUAGUGAGCACGUUAAACACUUUAAUCAGGCAUCUUUGGGGAUGUUACCAAUAUCUUGCCACUGACUGGGGAGUUUAAAUGGAAUGUUGCCAUCUAGUGGCCACCUAAUAAAUUGCACGCAGUCCUGCACUAAUUCUACGUAAGGGGAAAAAAGCCUUUGAGAUUGUGAAUCCAGAUGAUUUUCCUUACUCUGUUGUUUCAAAAAGCAUUAGCCCAAAAGGGCGAAUUACAUGUUUACAAGUGUUAAGGGCCUCAAUCAAAAAAAACAUAAUUUUACCAGUCGAGGUGUUGUGAGGAAAAAAAGUGGAAAUGUACGAAGAAAGUCGGAGCUUUAUGAGGAGAAACGUAAUUUUAGGAGAAAAAAAGUUGUAAUGUUAUGAGAAAAAGUUACCCUUUUACAGGGAAAAAGUCGAAAUAUAUGACAAAGAAGUUACAUUUGUAUGCAAAAAAAGUCAGAACAUUAUGAGAAAAAUGCCGUUUUACAAGGAAAAAAAUGUAUGGGGAAAAAAGUUGCACUUUUUGAAAGCAAAGAAGUGGUAAAGUAAUGUAGGAAAAAUAAAUAAAAAUUAGUGUACAAAAAAGUCAGGCCAUUAUGAGAGAAGGGUCUUAAUUGUACGAGGAAAAAAAGUGGGAAUGUUAUGGGGGAAAAAGCUGUGACGUAAUAUAUUUAAAAAGUCCAAAAGUUAAAUACGAAAAAAUUUAACUAAAAAAGUGUUAACGUUAUGAGAAAAAAGUUGCCCUUUUCCAAGGAAAAAGUGGUAGCGUGUUGUAUGAAAAAAGUUGGAAAUUUGUGUCACAAAAAGUCUUAACACUAUGUAUGAAAAAAGUUAUGACGACAACGUGUUGAUGCCGUGAGAAAGAAGUUGUCAUUUUAGAAGGAAAAAGUCGUAGUUAUGAGGAAAAAAGUCGUACUUUUACGAGAAAAUGAAGAAAAAAUAGUAAAAAGGAAGUCUGCUGAUAUUUGAAGAUGGUGUUACAGUAUGUUUGUUUCUGUAACAUUACAACUUUUCCUGCUAGCGAUGCGGCCCAAAGAUUCCAGGUAGAAAGAGAAGUGAGGUGUCGUGCUUGUAGUUAGUGUUUGGCAGGCAUGUGAACGUCGGGAGGGAGAAGCAAUGCUAGUUCUUAGCAGUACCGUCUACUGAUUGAUGCACUUUGAACGCGGUGGCCACGCCCACUUUUACACGCGAAAUCUCAAGCGGUCGUGAGCUGCUAAAAAAGAUCAAUAGUUUAUAUUUGCGCGCAUUCCGAUGUUGCUCACUAGGGAUUCCUGAUUCCUGCUGGUUUGCCUUUUGGGUCAAACCAUUCUCACUCGAACGUGUGAAAAGUGUCAGCGGCCAAAUUGUUUGAAAAGACACGGAAAACGUGAUGAAUCACCACGAGCACUUUAUUCUUCUUGGCUUUCGCUGACGUUGCUUGAUAGCAGUCAUUUCAUGGGGGAAGCUUUUUACUAAAAGUUGUAGAUCACCCAUUUCAACAUAUUUCCUCAAAUAGUGGCCUCCACUCUACUGGACGCCAUGUCUCUUCUUUACAAUAGACUUCUUUUAUGUUUUCAACUCGCAGUACGUUGCCAUAUAAAUCAUUUCACUUACCAAUUUGGAAAAUGCAGUUUUUUUUAAAAUAUUAAUGACUGGUACUUUCUGUAGUUGAGUAAACAAGGCCACGAAUUGAGGAAAUCCAGCAUGUGGAGGUUGAUUCAAGAGAAAAAACCAGUGGUGUGAUUCAACCAUUUCCACAUGUAUCAUCUCAAAUGUGAUUGUAUGACACGACAUAGAGAAUAUAUUGUAUAUACAGUAUGUCUGCUUUUAUUGAACCUCAAGAUAUACGGCGCACAUUUACCAUGCGGUAUAUUUGAAUGUGGUGGUGUUCCAAUGCUAUAAGUGGCAGUAAAGCAAAGAGAAAAGACGUUUUGCACACGUUUUCUUCAUUUUAUGUCUUUGAAUCGGCGCCAUUCCCCUUAUUAGUGAGACUGGCAGCCAGCGGCUCCUGCUGUUAGUUUGGUUAAAGUGGACCCGCCCUUGUCCUCGUCCGUAAAGCACGGCUGGGACGCCAAUCAAGCCCAAGUCAUUCAAAGCAUGAAAAUGUUGGAUAAUGGUUGGGAAAGGUGCCAAGGGACUUCUUUGUGGAUUUAUUUGCUGCUCUUUUUUUUUUCAAGAUUGAUUUGUGCUAGCCCUUUAGCACACGAGGGCUAACUACUACUUCUAAUAAUAAUAAUAAUGCUGAUCAUGUAAACACAAGUGUCUAAUAGUUGUAGUAAGUGGUGUACAGAGACCCUACGGUGUACUCCAAAAGACAAUAGUGUCUAGAGGUGCUAAUAAGAUCAUACAGUGUACUUUACUUCUGUCCUUUUAUGGUGUUAUUGACCUAGCGUGUAGCGUCUGAAACGGCAGCCCGGCCUCAUUUCAACAUUAAACACUAGAGCGAUAUUAAUGCAAA